UAUCUAGAAUUCUUUAUUUGGUAAUUGUUGUUGAUAGUCGAAUUAAAAUCAAUUACAUGCUUAUAUUAGCUGUUGGAAUAGAUCGUCCUGAAAUAAAAGUUGCAAAAGUUACUACACCAUAUUCUGUACCAAUUCCCAUACUUAGAGCAAUAGAUCAUUCUUUCGCGGUUAUUUCUCAUGCUAUAAUCUAA